AUGCCGGUGAAAUUACGGCUUUUGGAAGUUGCAACUCUUUCUCCCUUCAACCACAGAAAAAAAAUAGAGACAACUUGUAAGAAUGGCAUUGGCAUUCUUGAGUUUCUUCCUGCCAAGAACUAUUUUGUUACUGGUGCCACUGGUUUCCUAGGCAAAGCCAUAAUUGAGAAGCUAUUACGAGCAGCACCCAGCGUUUGCAAGAUUUAUCUCUUAAUCAAGGCAGAAAACGAAGAAGCUGCAUUAGAAAGAAUAAAAACUGAAAUAAUAGAUUCAAAUCUAUUCGACUUGGUGAGAGAUAUGCAUGGGAAAUCUUACCAAGAUUUCAUGUUAAGUAAGGUGGUUCCUAUUCCCGGAAAUAUUGGUGAAUCAAAUCUUGGUAUGGAUCCUGAUUUAAUAAUGGAAAUAGCACAAGAGGUAGAUGCAGUCAUAAAUUCAGCAGCCAAUACAACAUUUGAUGAGAGAUUUGAUGUAGCUGUAAACAUAAACACAAGAGGGCCAUCUCGAGUACUUGAUUUUGCAAAGAAGUGCCAGAAACUUUGUUGUUGCAUUCAUAUAUCAACUGCAUAUGUUAAUAUAGAAAACGUCGUAGAGACUCUCAACCCCAAAAGCUCACCAUUAUUACACCCUCCUGUGGAUGUUGAUGCUGAAGUGAAGUUAGCUUUGGAUUCAAAUCUUGCUUUUCAUGGAGAUGAAGAAAUAGUUCGGAAAAUGAAAGAAAUGGGUUUAGAAAGGGCUAGAAGUUACGGGUGGAAAAAUGUUUAUGAAUUUAGCAAGGCAAUGGGAGAAAUAAUAAUUGAUAAGAAUAGAGAAGAAAUCCCAGUUGCUAUUGUCCGUCCAAGUAUUAUUGAAAGCACUUUUGAAGAGCCCUUCCCUGGAUGGAUACAAGGGGUUCAGAAUGGUUGAUCCAUUGAUUUUGGCUGUCGGCAAGGGCAACCUCCCUGCCUUCAUAAACCCUGAGACUGUCCUAGAUGUAGUUCCAGUUGAUAUGGUUGUGAAUGCGAUUAUUUCUACAAUGGCAAAGCAUGGAAUUAUUGGGAAACCAGGGCUUAACAUCUACCACAUUACGUCUUCUACAGUAAAUCCAGUAACCCUGAAAUUCUUAUUUGACCUGUUCUAUGAACAUUUCGAGUCCUCUCCAAUCAGAGACAUGAAUGGAAAAGAAGUGAAGAUUAAAAGAGUCAAAUUUGUUAGCUCGUCGAAAGAUAUCUUCUCACAUAUCUCUAAAGAAAAUAUCACAAAAAAUAUGAAUGUUUCUCCAGAACUUGAAAGAAAAUUACGUGAGAGAAAGAUAGAGCAAAUUAAAGACUUGAUGAAGAUGUAUGAACCAUAUUCAUCUUCACAGUGGUUUGAAAGCAGAGAUACCUACAAAUUGUGGGAAGCCAUGUCUUUAGAAGAACAGCUGAGUUUUGGAUUUGACGUGAAGAGGUUGGAUUGGAAGGACUAGUUUUCCAAAGUUCAUAUUCCAGGUGUAAGGAAAUACGUAUUCGAAAGUAAAUUGAGGCCAAAAUUGUAAUAUUUAUAUUGAAAUCGGUUCUAUAAUUUUAAACCCUUAAUUGCAUGAGUCUUGAGCUGGCAUCAAGUAUAAAAGGCAGACUAAACACAAUUUCUCAUUUCAAUGAAGAAGUUUCCCUAUUGAUUUCAUAAAAUAUCUCAGACACAAACCAUAGUUCUACUGUUCA